AUAUAUAAACAAGUUUUACCAGAUUGAAGAUCUAUCAAAUCCUAUCAACAAGCGAUUUUCACCCCUUUCUCUGAUUUUACCACUUUCGAUAAGCGAUUCUCGAACUGUUUCGAGAAGCGAUUUUCAUCCCCUGCCUCCGAACCAGAUAGGUUUUACAUGUUCUACAGCAAUUCCAUUCAACCAAUGCCGGCAUACAUGUUCUACAGCAAUUCAAUUCAACCAAUGCCGGUAUGUGCCGUUCCUCAGGCAUUAGGAGAAUUUUUAAGGGAAGUAGAAGUUGCCUUUCAUGAUGACAGGGACAAGUAUGAUCAAUUUUGCAAACUCUGGCAAGAUAUUCAAUUUAGCAGAAUUCCUUUUUUAGUUUUCGAAGCAAAAUUGAAGAGCUUGUUUCAAGGACAUAAAUAUUUAAUUUUGGAAUUCAACAAACUUGUGCCGAAACAUGCUUCACAGUUUAUUGAAGCAGUCAAAGUUGCUUUAAAAGAUGAUUAUCAUGCUUUUAUUAAAGUUUUUCAAGAUUACAGGACUUUCAAAGAUGAUUAUCAUGAUUUUAUUAAAGUUUUUGAAGAUUACAGGACAAGAAAGAUUGAUGAAAGGUGUCUUUCUUCAAGAGUGAAGGAGCUGCUCAGAGAGCAUGCGCUUUUAAUCAGCCAGACAAAACCUCCUUGGGAUGAACUUACUUUUGAUGUGCUUUCUGUCAUUUCCCAAAAACUAGAUUUUGACGACCUCUUUCAGUUUUCUCGAGUCUGCGCAAAUUGGAGACUUUUUCAUAAAUCAAUUGAUAAAUCAAAAUUCUUGAUAUCCCAAGAACCAUUACUUGUUGAGUUACCAUAUUCCUUUACUAGCCUACCCAAACAAAAAGUUUAUCCAUUGAACAAGAUGAUGAUGAACAUGUUGAGUUACUCACAUUACCCCUCCUUCCCUAUCUAUGUUACCUGUUCAUGUGGAUAUUUCAUUAUUAUAGCGGACAAUUCUUCGCUUCUGCUCAUCAAUCCAUUUACAAGAAUAAAAAAGAAGGUAAUUUGUCCAUCCACCUUUGAGAGUUUCUCAUAUCAACAUAAAUACCAUGCAUUACUUGAUUUUGACAAAGAUUCUGAGGAAUUUGUUUUGGUAUUUUUAUUCUAUGCGUCCAACAGUCUACAUGUCUAUCAAUCUCGAAAUAAUGGUUGGGUUACUUGUUCCACUGACUAUCCCCAAGAUAUUUACUACUUUGAUGACGACUUUGUUAACCUUAUUUCCGACUUUGUGGCUUUGAACAAUAUAAUAUAUGUUGUUUCUUUCCAGGCCAGGAUAGGGGUACUCAAUUUGAGUUCUGCAAAUAUUGAAUUUUUUAAAAUGGCUAAUUCCCUAGAAUUAGAAUUAGCGAGAUCAUGGUUUAACUUGGUUAAAUGUGAUGAACAACUUUUUCUAGUUCGAUUAUAUCGUCAUCUUACAGGGGGGUCUCCUCCGCCGGAUAGAAAAGUUUUCAAGAUAGAUUUCUCAACCAUGACUUACGUGGAACUCGAAACCUUGGGGGAUAUUGCAUUAUUUUAUGUUUGUUUUAACAGCUGUAAGGCAUUGAGCAACCCGAAUAAAUGGGGGUAUGAGAGCAACUCUGUGUAUCAAGUUUGUAGUCAUCCUAUUCAUCAAAUACCCAAUUGUACUUCUGUGUAUGAAGUUUGUAGUCAUCCUAUUCAUCAAAUACCCAAUUGUACUGUUUAUAAUUGGGAUAAAAAAUCUCUGAAAUAUAUUGCGCCUCCAAAUCUUAAAACAAAGGGCGGCAGCUUAGAUUGGUAUUUUAUAAUAUGAACUAGAUUAUUCUCUCUAAUUAUUGACUAAACUUUGUUCGUUCUUCAUGUUACUAUUUAUUACUUUUGCUGUAAAAGAAAUAUUAUCAAGUAUAUUUAUUUCUAUUAUUUUGUUA